GCGUUUUCAUUGUCUUUUCGCCCAGGCCGCCAUUACCGUUCUCUUGUGGAGGCGCGGGACGUCCAGGGCGCGCUCACGGUGUGUCGAGGACGACUGCGGCGCCUCGCAGGAGCGUAGUAGCAGAGAGGCUGAGGUGGUUGUGAGGUCGUUGGCUGAUUCACAUUGACGAUUCUUUGCUUGCUUCCUUGGUUCGGGUGAUUGGAGGAUUGACUUGCAGCUUGAUUGACGGUCUUCUGAUCGAACAGAAGGGGAGGGAGGGAGAAGCCGGUAGGUAGAGAAGAUGGAUAAGCACGACGGGAAGGAGGAGAGCGACAAGAACAUUCAGAUAUGGAAGAUCAAGAAGUUGAUAAAAGGGUUGGAAUCGGCCCGUGGCAACGGGACGAGCAUGAUUUCCUUGAUCAUGCCGCCCCGUGACCAGAUUGUACGAGUAGCGAAGAUGUUGGGUGACGAAUUUGGCACGGCGUCGAACAUCAAGAACAGAGUUAAUAGGCAGUCUGUCCUGGGUGCAAUUACGUCGGCGCAACAACGGCUUAAGCUGUACAAUAAGGUACCGCCGAACGGGUUGGUUAUAUACACUGGAACGAUUGUGACGGACGACGGGAAGGAGAAGAAGGUCACCAUCGAUUUUGAACCUUUCAAACCCAUCAACGCGUCUCUUUAUCUGUGUGACAAUAAGUUUCACACGGAAGCGCUGAACGAGUUGUUGGAGUCCGAUGACAAGUUUGGGUUCAUUGUGAUGGAUGGUAAUGGCGCACUUUUCGGCACGUUGAGCGGGAACACAAGGGAAGUGCUCCACAAAUUCAAUGUCGAGCUGCCGAAGAAGCACGGAAGAGGAGGGCAAUCAGCGCUGCGUUUCGCCCGUUUGAGAAUGGAAAAGAGACACAACUACGUCCGCAAAACGGCGGAGCUCGCUACUCAGUUCUUCAUCAACCAAGCGACGAGUCAGCCGWAUAUUGCGGGGCUUAUCUUGGCGGGGUCUGCAGAUUUCAAGACGGAGCUUUCACAAUCGGACAUGUUUGAUCCGCGGCUCGGGACAAAGAUCCUUAACGUCGUCGAUGUGUCCUAUGGUGGUGAGAACGGGUUUAAUCAAGCGAUCGAGCUCUCUGCGGAGAUACUGUCGAACGUGAAGUUUAUUCAAGAGAAGAGGCUGAUUGCAAAGUACUUCGAGGAAAUCAGCCAGGACACCGGCAAGUACGUCUUCGGUGUGGAUGACACUCUUAAGGCCCUGGAAAUGGGAGCCGUUGAGACUCUUAUUGUCUGGGAAAAUCUGGAAAUAAACCGGUACACUUUGAAGCAUGCCGUGACCGGAGAGCUGAUCAUCAAGCACCUGGGUAAGGACCAAGAGGGAGUUCAGUCCCACUUCCGUGAUCCUGAAACGGCUGCAGAGUUGGAGGUGCAGGAGAAGAAAUCGCUAUUGGAAUGGUUUGCGGAAGAGUACAGACGAUUUGGCUGUGCGCUGGAAUUCGUCACAAACAGGUCACAAGAGGGGUCUCAAUUUUGUAGGGGGUUUGGUGGAAUUGGUGGCCUGCUGAGGUACCAGGUGGACAUGAGGACCUUCGACGAAUUUUCUGACAGAGAGGACGAUGUCGAAGAUAGUGAUUGACACUCGAGGUGGACCUCCGGGUCGUCUUUCCGUGCCACCGGGUCGGGCGCCCUGAUCUUGAAGAUCAGACAAUGCACGGUGACGGCUUCCAUUAUGAUGACGGCGCCCCUCCCGUGGUACGCGGCCAUCCUUGUGCACCCCGCUGAGGAUGAACUGGCACAGCAGCAGGACCAGCUGCAAGCAGAGGUGAAGGAGAAAGAGGAGGAGGAGGAGGUAGAGGAACAGCAGGAGAAAGAGAGCUGUUUUGCGUAUUGCUGUUGUGGUUUUGGCUCGUCGAUGUUGUUAUCCUUCCUCCAUCUCCGUCCUUUGUCUUGUCGGGUCUGUGUGACAGCUCAGGGUGGGAAUGAAUACCGGGUGUGUCGUUGGAUAAAAACAGCCUGUGGUAAUGCGGACCCUGCACCGUCUGCAGCAGCAGCACUCUGUAUGUGGUCGAAUGAGUGGCAAGCAUGGAGAUUGACUGAUGGAAGGGGUGGACGUCGUCGGUGCGAAUGGAUGGUACGAUUGCUGCUGUUUCUUAUGGGUUUCCCCCCCAAAAGGAAUGCAGUUCAUCCUGAGGCGUGCAUGCUGGUGGCUGCUGAGCAGAUCCAUCUGGUGCUAUGGGCGCGAAGACUUGUAAAGACUACUGCGGUAGUGGAAGGAGGAAGGCAGUCUCCCUUGCCCGAGGAACCUCUCGGUUCCCGCUGUGCUGGGGAUGAUUCUCCUGGUGCGAUGUGUGGAAAGCGGAGGGCUGUGUGCCUCUGUGAAGAGCAUACAACGAAUGCUACCUCCACGGAUUGCACACAAGGCAGAGGGCGGCGUGCCUCUGUGGACGGCACGCAAGGAACGCUAUCUGCACGGAUUGCACGCAAGGAAUGCUUUGAAAUGAAACUGAACUUACUUUCUCCAGAGCGACUGAAGGUGAGAUAUUCUGCUAUACGUUUGUGUUGUUUGCUUGUCGACACCUGUUGUCUGUUGCACAGAGAUUAGUGCAAGUAGUAGAUUGUUGGGAUGCAGGGAGAGUGUGUGCUGUUCAGUGUUCUGCACAAGCUCGAUUUGUGGGGGUGAUAGUGGGGUUGCCGAUUGCCAGAUUGUAGGUUGGUGUAGGUUGGGCACGUCGUCACGUGUGUGCUGGCUGGGCAAGGCAAUGACGGACGAUACAAAUGCUGAUACCGUGCUUCCGGAGGCUUUCGUGCGGGACAUGAAGAUUGAAGUAAACAUCCAAAGCCAGA